GGGACAGCCCAGCAAUGCUAUAGCUGCCACUUGGACAUCUGGGAUUUCUCUGGGUGGAGAACACUUUGAGUUCCUAUAAUGGCGAAUCAAAAGGCAGGAAGUCAACUGUAAGCAUAAAGGAAGACAAUCUUGGCUUCAGCUACAAAUCAAUACCACAUUUCUGGAAGGAUCUCAAAAGCCAUUAAGCUCCAGAUUGGAGAAGAUGCACCUCCUUGAUACUUUCCAGUAUCUCAUGCUGUUAGUAUCACUGACUAUGGCUUCUGGCCAAGACACAUGCAGCUGUGAGCCAAAAAUGACCACAUGCAACGUGGUGCCCUGUGGUUUGCCUGGGAGCAAUGGGUUACCAGGUCGAGAUGGGAACGAUGGUCCAAAAGGAGAAAAGGGGGACCGAGGGGAGAGAGGAGCGGUAGGCCCUCCUGGAAAAGUUGGCCCCAUGGGGAUCAAAGGAGAUCAGGGUGUUCUGGGACCCAAAGGCCCAAAAGGAGACAAAGGAACAAAUGAAGAACUGAUUUCCCUUAAGGCUCAAAUGACUGCUAUGCAAGAAGAAAUGAGAAAACUGCAGAAUCUUGUCAACACAUACAGAAAAGUUGCGAUAUUGUUUGGUGCCAAAAUUGUGGGUGAAAAAAUGUUUAUGGUAGUAGUAUCUGAAGGGACAUUUGAAGAGGGAAAGAUAAUAUGUUCACAAAGAGGUGCUCUACUGCCAACCCCCAAGAAUGGAAGGGAGAAUGAAGCACUGAAAGAACUGGCUGAACAAUUCAACAAGCAAAUCUACCUGGGCAUGAGUGAUGAGAAGACUGAGGGCACAUUCCAGUACCUUAAUGGGGAAACACUCAUAUACAACAAUUGGGCAUCCCAUGAACCCAAUGGUGGUAGAAAGGAAAACUGUGUCGAAAUCUACACCAAUGGAAAAUGGAACGAUAAAUCCUGUACAGAAAAAAGGUUGGUUGUUUGUGAACUUUAGAUUACACCAUAUGUUUUUAAGGAGCAA